UCCUCAAGAAACCCCAUAUAUUUUCUCUAAGAGUUAUUAGCAAUGGCAGUGAAACUAACAAAAACACAAAAGAAAGUUGCAUACGACCAAAAAUUGUGCAAAUAUCUUGAUUUGUACAACCAAAUUUUGAUAGUCAAUGCUGAUAAUGUUGGUUCAACACAGUUGCAAAAUGUUCGAAAAGGGUUACGUGGAGAAUCUGUUGUUCUUAUGGGCAAAAAUACAAUGAUGAAAAGAUCCGUAAGGAUUCAUGCAGAAAAUACUGGCAACGAUGGAUUUCUGAGUCUCAUUCCUCUCCUUGUGGGAAACGUUGGUUUGAUCUUCACAAAGGGUGAUCUAAAGGAAAUAAAGGAAGAAGUCGCAAAAUACAAGAUUGGAGCUCCUGCACGUGUUGGCUUAGUUGCUCCAGUUGAUGUGAUUGUCCCUCCUGGCAACACUGGCCUUGAUCCUUCUCAAACUUCCUUCUUUCAGGUACUAAACAUUCCCACAAAGAUCAACAGGGGAACAGUCGAAAUCGUAACACCGGUGGAACUCAUCAAGAAAGGUGAAAAAGUGGGCUCAUCAGAAGCAGCCCUAUUAGCCAAGCUUGGAAUAAGGCCAUUCUCUUAUGGGCUUAUAGUUGUUUCUGUAUAUGAUAAUGGUUCAGUAUUCAGCCCAGCAGUUUUGGACCUUACAGAAGAUGAUCUUGUUGAGAAAUUUGCUACUGGAGUUUCAAUGGUUACUACUUUGUCUUUGGCUGCUUCUUACCCUACACUUGCAGCUGCACCUCACAUGUUCAUCAAUGCUUACAAGAAUGUUUUGGCUGUUGCUGUUGAGAGUGAGUAUUCAUAUCCACAAGCUGAACAAGUCAAGGAGUAUCUCAAGGAUCCUAGCAAGUUCGCAGUUGCAACUGCGACAGCCGCUGAAUCUGCUGCUUCUCAAGGUGAUGUUGUUGACACAAAUCAAGAUAAGAAGGAAGAAGCAGCUGAAGAAUCUGAGGAAGAAGAAGCCUUGUUCGGUCUAUUUGACGAUUAGAUCAAUUAAUUUCUUAUAGUUUAGCAUCAACAAACUUAAUUACUACAUUUUGUGGUCUGUUUAAUUAUAUCACUUGUUUUGAUGACAAUGCUUUUUAAGUUUAAUGACCUUCCAGAGAUUUAACUAUUUUUACGAGAUAGAUUUCUAAAGUAUUUAGAUUUCUGGU